UAGACGAGUUGGUGGUGGAUGUCUUUCUCCGCUCUCUCAAGAUGAGUCAAGUCUUCACCCUUUGUCUGGUCUCUGCCAUCCUCAUCCUCUCAUUUUCCAGUUUGGGGGAGAGCGCGGUUGUGAGAGGCGACUCUAAAUCUGACCAAACACAAGGAGUGGCUCAGGCGCUUUUCAUGAAAGGGCCUGAUGCGUCAAACUUCUUCAAACGUCGCAGUCGCCGCUCCCCAAAAUACUACGCUGAGCUCCAAGCCGAGCAGCAGGUGAAGCGGGCGCACAGCGAGCGGCUGAGGGAGUUCAACGAGGAACAACUGGAUGAGUACGAGAUUUUUGCCGAAGAGGAACGUGAUGAGCAAAACGAGAGAACCAGGGAGAGGAACGAACAGUACCGGGAGUUUCACUACGACGGCCUUCAACCUCGCUAUUACUGGUUCCACUGAGCAUGCUCAGGAGCGUCCAGGAACACGUGGCACCACCUGCCUGUCUAAAUACACGGCAUCAUUCCGCCACGCUCAUUUUCCUGGUAUAUACGCUCCAUUCCACUGACACAUCUUCAAGGUCGU